GGGGAUCCCCUGCAAUUGCGCAGCUGUCUGAAGAAUUUCUCUAAGCUUGCAAUCUUCCUGCAUUGAUUAAUGAAUUGGAAUUUGGGAGCGCUUCUUUCGGAUGAGCUCCUUGCACGGCGCUGUUUUGCCUGGCGUCUGUGGCCUUCUCGACGAGAGAGCGAAUGAGCACCCACGUCUUUGUUGCUCUGCUAAUGAGUUCCUCUAAACCCGCGGGGUUGAACUUCUAAGAAGUCAACCAACAAUGUGCAGCGCGAAUUGCCUGGGCCGUCAGGCCUUCUUGACCUUGUUGGCGAUACUGGUGUUUCUCUCAAAUUUUGCAAACACGUAUGCUGCGCCGGUGAAUGCAAGAUUCAAGACCUUGGGUCCUAAGGACGAGUUGCCUCGAUUGACUGUCUAUGUCAUCAGCCCCCCUUUUGCUGGCCACUAUAUACCUCUGCUGUCUAUCGCCUCAGAGCUCCACUUGCGGGGUCACAAUGUCACCUUCUUGGCGCAAGUUCAGAGGGACAACGAGGACGUCCCCAAACGUUCUGUCAGCGAAGCAGGAAUCGCCUUCCGAGCUUUGGGAUUCACCCCACUGAAUAAGACUGAGUUGGAGGACAUCGUUAAUCAGACACGAAGCGGCACCAACCUGCUGGGCGCCGUGAAGCACUUCUCGGAAGCUGACACCAGCGCUUACGUGGACUUGGACAAGCUUCUGACCCACGAACCUCAUCCAGACGUCCUGGUCGUCUGCAACGUGUACCGAGGAAUGGGCACGAGCAUUUAUCGCAAGCACGGCAUUCCGGUGGUUUUAAAUUACAUGUUGGAGAACUAUUUCUGGCGACCUCAUUGGCCGUAUCCCGUGCUUGGAUCCGGGCUCUCCGACCGUAUGACCUUCCCCCAACGCCUCAAAAACGAGCUCGUCAGCUUCGUGAACAGUUACCUGAUUGAACCAUACCUCGUGCGAACCCACAUCCCCGAAACCCUCCGCAAACAUGGAUUAAACCCCCGAAACGGGCUCCGGACCAUUUUUGACAUGCACGGGAUGCCUUCGAUCUUAAAUGCUGCGCCCGGGUUUGAUUUCCCCGCCCCACUUCCCCCCAACGUGAUCCAAACCGGGCCGUUAACUGUGCCUACCAUGCAAGCUUUCCCCAAACCCCUGCAAGCGUGGCUCGACUCCAAGCCGGUUAAGUCUGUGGUUCUAGUUAGUCUGGGGACGGUUAACGUUAUUGACGAGCGCAUUGCCCGACUGAUUGUGGAGGGACUGGGAGCAACCCGGGUUAACGUGCUGUGGGCUUUGAGGGGUGUUUAUCAAGAGACUCUGGCCGGGUUGAAUGUCCCAAGCACUUUUCGGCUGAAGGAAUGGAUCCCCCAGCGGGCGGUGCUGGCGCAUCGGGCGGUGGCUGCAAUGGUGACGCACUGCGGCAACAACGGGGUGCAGGAAGCUCUGGCAAACGCGGUGCCACCUGUCGGCAUUCCCUUCGUUGCUGACCAAACGGACGUGGGCGCCCGGCUGGCCGCGGCCGGCUUCCCCGUCCUCAACCUGGCAACCGUCACCCCGUCCGAGCUGACGUCUGCCGUCCAAAAGGUGACGUCAGCUGGGCCGGAUGGGGUAAACGAGUAUCAGCAAAAGGCGCAGAGGCUGGCGCGGAUCUUCCGGGCGUACGGGGGCGUCGAAAAGGCGGCAGAUUUCGUGGAGCAUAUUGCGGAGGUGGGCUCCGAUCACCUGCAAAUGGCUGGCCUUUCAAUGCCGUGGUACGUUCGGCACCGAUACGACACCGGGCUGUUCUUGCUGGUCUUGGUGGGACUCCUUUUGCUUGGCGUUGUCAAGUUGUUCACGGGGGUGUACAAGGGGUUUCGAGCCUUGGUCUCAAACAAGAACAAGACCGAUUGAGUAAAGCGAUGUUCUUCCUGGUCUUGACGGGACUCCUUUUGCUUGGCGUUGUGAAGUUAUUCACAGGGGUGUACACGGGGUUUCGAGCCAUACUUUCAAACAAGAACAAAACUGAUUGAGAGGCUCCGACGUUCUUCCUGCUCCGAUGGGGCGAAUCCUUCUGCUCGGCGUUGUUGAGUUAUUCAGCGGAGCGUACAAGGGGUUUCGAGCCCCAAUCUCGAACAAGAACAAACCCAAUUGAGGGGGCGCGACAUUCUGGUGGGUUGUUCUAUCGGCGUACGUUGUUACAUUAUGCAUAAUAACGUACACGGGUUUCUAAGGCCGCAUGGUCCCAGAGCGCAUCGCAAAACCGAUUGAGCGGGAUCCUCACGUUAAGGGUUUUCCGAAUCAUUUCGGAAAAUGGUACACUGGCCGACCAUGCCCGCACAGACUUGCUGUUCAUGUUUUGGAACUGGGCUGAACCUUGCGUACGAUCUAGGGUUGUCAUUGGUAGCAGAGAUGCCGCUGAGGAAGAAAUACAAGUUUCAGAAAUGCUGAACAUAAAAGUCUGUCGAGUGGUCUGAUUACUAUCUGUCGCCAAAGCCCGGCCGGCCAAUUCAUAAUCGACCCCCCGGCGGCGUUCAAACCGGC